GCAGAAUUUGUCACACCCUCUCCCACUCCUGAUAGUUUGCUGCACAUGCAGAAUACAGUUGUCUGCACAGACGGGUUGAGCACGCACAUAAGGGAGCUGUCCAUAAACUUUGAUGCUUACAGACAGAGAAAAGAAACGAAAAGGAGAAAAAGAAAAUGACUGUGGAGGAAAGCGGAGACAGAGGCAAUGCCAAUGGAGCUGCUAUGGAGCCAGAGGACCAAAAACAGAGUGCAGACAGCAGGCCCGAAGCUAGAGAGAAAUGGGCCAAUAAGACUGAGUUUUUGCUGUCCAUGGCUGGGGAAAUUAUAGGCCUGGGAAACGUGUGGCGCUUCCCUUACCUGUGCUACAAAAAUGGAGGUGGUGUGUUCUUCAUCCCAUAUUUCAUAUUCCUCUUCUUCUGUGGAAUUCCAAUCUUCUUCCUGGAGACAGCGUUAGGUCAAUACACUAGCGAAGGAGGUGUCACCGCUUGGAGAAAAAUCUGUCCCAUGUUUGAAGGAGUAGGCGUGGCCUCCCAAGUUAUAGUGAUCUAUCUGAAUAUAUAUUACAUUGUGGUGCUGGCCUGGGCUCUGUUUUAUCUCUUCAACUCUUUUUGGAGCACUCUACCAUGGACUUCUUGUGACAACUACUGGAACACAGAAAACUGCCAAAAUAUCACUGUUACAUACACAGGCUUUCACAGACCUUACACUGACUGGUCUUUCCUCUACAAUGAAACGGACAGAUCUGGCGAUAACCACAGCAUAAGUUCUCACAAUGAAUCUGGAUGGCCGCCCUUUAAAGUCAUCUCCCCGGAACAAGAGUAUUGGUUUCAUCGUAUGUUGCGGGUAUCGAACAGUGGUGGUCUGGAGAGUGUGAACUAUGAUCUUGCCAUGUGUCUUCUUUUGGCCUGGGUCAUCUGUUAUUUCUGCAUCUUCAAAGGAAUUAAGACCACGGGCAAGGUUGUGUACUUUACAGCUACGUUCCCAUACUUAAUGCUGUUUAUCCUGUUCAUCAGAGGAGUGAGUCUGCCGGGAGCUGGAACUGGCAUUGUUUAUUACCUGUAUCCUGACGUCAGUAAACUUUCCAACCCUGAUGUGUGGCGCGAUGCAGGCACACAGGUGUUUUUCUCUUAUGCUGUGUGUCAGGGAGUGCUAACGGCACUGGGCAGUUAUAACAAAUACAACAAUAACUGCUACAAAGACUGUAUAGCACUCUGCAUUCUGAACAGCUCCACAAGCAUCUUUGCUGGAUUUGUGGUUUUCUCCAUUCUCGGGUUCAUGUCCCAUCAGCUGGGUUUACCCAUGGAAGAGAUUGUAUCAUCAGGGCCUGGAUUAGCAUUCAUAGCAUAUCCUAGAGCUCUGUCUCUUUUACCUGGACCCCAGUUCUGGUCUUUUCUCUUCUUUCUGAUGGUAUUCAUGCUGGGCCUCGACAGCCAGUUUGUGUGUAUGGAGAGUUUAGCCACGGCCCUCACAGAUCUGUUUCCUGAUAAGUUACGCAAGCGUCGAGAGCUCUUGGUUUUGGCCAUCGCUGUCAUCUGCUUCUUACUUGGUCUGCCAUUCAUCACGAAGGGAGGAAUCCAUCUGUUCAAUGUGAUGGACACUUACGGCCCUAGCGGAACAAACCUGCUUUUUAUCGCCUGCUUUGAGACUGUUGUUAUUGCGUGGGUCUACGGUGCGGGCCGUUUCUAUGAUAACAUUGAGGAUAUGAUAGGAUACGCACCAUUCCCUGUGCUGAAGUAUUGCUGGCUCUUCAUUACACCCUUCAUCUGUGCCACUACUCUGCUGUAUAACCUGUUGGGUAGUAAAUCUGCACCAUCCAGUGAUGAAUUUGUACCAGACUGGAGUUAUGGAGUUGCACCUCUUCUAGCACUCAUUCCUAUGAUCUGUAUCCCAGUCUUCCUUCUCAUCUCCUUAAGAAAGGGUCGUGGCAUCAUCACCCCCUCUAGUGACCUGAAGCAGAUCCGACCAAACAAUCCACGUCUCACACUGUUUAAUUGUGUCAUCAUUAAACCACAGAGAUCCCAACAUCAAGAAGAUGGAGAGGAAAAAGUAAUCAAUCACCACACCAGUGGAGUUUGAGGAUGUACAGUGAUAACAUCACAUGUCUUUAUAGCAGGUUUUGUAUUAUACUUUUGUUAGGUUGUUUCUAAUUUAAUGGUUAAAUGUCACUCAGGGUGUCAAAUAAACACAAUUAUUUGCUUAGUUGGUUCCAUUGGUUAGAAUAAUUUGUGCUAAGCCAGUACAGUGCACAAAUGUUGCAGUCGUUUAUGAUUGUUGUUCGUCAGAUUUCACGAUAUGACCCCAAAUUAGAUCCUUGGAAAAGCAUGCGGCAGACUGUACAACAUCAAAAGUCUUUAAUGUCAGAUCAUCCACUAUAACUCAUUUUAAACAGCCUAAGCCUUAAACAGUACAAAAAUUAUUAAAGGAAUAGUUUACCCCAAAAUUAAGGUUGUACCAAACAAAAGUAAGAAAAUGAAAUUUUUCACAAAUGCCCCUUCAACAAGACUGUUAGUGAAGGGUACAUUUAUACAGUAAUGCCAUGCUCCCUUCAGAGUUACCACAUUAAGAGCUCUGUCCUUCGGAGUAAGCAGGGCAUAGGGAUGAUCACCUUCUAUUGGAAUUCACCCUAAUUCUGUCAUAAUUUAUUCACCCUCAUGGCAUUCAAAAUGCAUAUUACUUUUUUUCUUAUGCAGAAUACAAAAGGAAAACAUUAUACUGACUCACUUUUAAACUUAAAAAAGUAUAUUUCAGUGAAAAUCUAGACAUCCAUCGCACGUUCAUGAGUGCAUGAGAGAACUUCGUUCAAAUACAACAUAGUGGCAAAAUCCAACAGAGUGCGUUCGGCUUUAGUCAUAAUAGAUUUUUGAUCAUUUUUCUAUGAGUCCAAACAAAUUAAUCAAGAUUUGUCAGUUGAAAGAGCAGCUGAGGCAACUAACAACCAUUAAAUAAGUAUUAGGAAAAGAUAGGCUACACAUUCUGAGAAGAUUAUUCAGCUCAAUAUUCAAGAAUCAAAAUACUAUUAUUAGCAAAUUUGAAUUUAUUAUAUAUAUAUAUAUAUA